UUCAUUCUCAUUGCGACCUUAGUUUGUAUUUGAUUUUUGGGAUUUCGAACGAGGAGUUGCAUCACCAAAACCAUUACCAAGGUGAGAGGGAACCAUUCCCAAGAUCAGACGAAUAGGAUGAAGACGAGUAUAGUACUUUUCCCGAGGAAGCUGUACUUCUGCUGGGAAUUAUAGACGAUCUCCAACUUCGCAUUGCACUCGUUUCCGCAAGUGCGGCGACUACUUCUACUACGACUACUACUCCGCCAGAGCCAAAGGAUUUUUGGGUCCCCGGACUAAGGAACAACGGACCUCACAUUUACUACACAUAUCCUGCUCAGCAGGGUGUGGAUGAACGCUACGGAGUACUGUGUCCACACACGCGCGAGCACCUCGAGACGCUGGCUACAAUUGCUAACGCGGCCGGGACAAUACACACGUAUCCCACUGACGGGGAAAAAGACACAAGAAAAUUGAGGCUCUUAGGCUUAGCGCUAUUUCAUCAUUAUCCAAAUCCAAAUCCAAAUGGCCAGAAUCUUUUUCUGAAAUCUCCAAAUGCAGCAAAUCCAAAUCCCCGUGAUGUGCGAGCGCGGCUUAUUUUUUUUAUCGUGAUGGUUACAAUACAGAUCUUUACCGCUAAUCACCCUCCCCAUCCACCUCCACGCUUAGCCCUUAGCGUACUCGUUAAGAUUAGGAAAGACGGUAGCAGGGGUGGCCAUAAGCUGUGCUUCGAUCUAGGCUCUCGUCAUUAUUAUCGUGAUGGUUCGGAAGUCGUUCGUGGUGCCUAUUUGCAAGUAUCGUGAAGAGUGCUGGAUAUUAACCCACGAAGUGCAAGUACAGUCCAAGUAGGGACAGCUACUUACUCAGGGGUGGACAAUAAGGCGGUAAAAAGAAAUGAGCUUUUAGACUGGAGGUUUAAAAGCCGGUCAUAAUCAGAGACCAACAUAUAAAUCGGUAAACAAUCUUCAUCCAUCGGUUUAUGGGCCUGGAUUGAAAAGACCCUGUUCAAGAUCCAGCUUUUUUCUUAUUCCUUUCUUCUUCUCUUCUUUCAUUCCUUGUAUGUCCUGUUUGGACCUCUUGUUUCUGCUCCUCGGAGCCAUUCGCCCCAACUUUGGUGGUUUUGUCAGCACUGCGAUGAGGUUUUCCUCUCUCAUUUCCCCAGAACCUGGUCGAGAUUCUUCGUCGAGUGGAAAUAAGCUGUCGUCAGCCAAUUGGGUUUGACUUAUGGCUCCUUGGAGUUUCUUUGAUCUUGUUUUGCUUUUGCGCGCUCUCUUCUUCGUUGAUCGCUGCUUGCGCCGCUUUGGCUCGUUUCUGCUUACCGAUUCUCCGUUCCUGGCUCGGUUAGUGCGUGCGCUUGCCGUGUUCUUCGAGCCAAUAGCUGCUUUAACCUUUCGGAUUGUGCUUGAUGGACAAAACGGCGAUCAAAAUCUUCGUGCAAAAGUGUCCUACUUUUCGUUCUCCCCACCUUGUGAAAUUAUUAAACCCACCAUUUAUAACGCAGUCUCCUGAUUAUGAAUUAUCAGGAGCUCUCCCUACAACUAUCACUCAGCCGUGGAUAAUGAGACAAGUAUAUUAUCGGCACCUCCUCUAAGAAAAGAGGAGCUAACGACUGCGCUCACAGAAUUUCGAGGAAACUUUA